GCGCUGUGCGUUUCGCGCCUGCCUAUUGGGCUGCCCAUGCCCAUCAUAGCACAAGCGUAAUGCUGAAUCGGACGGAGGCUGCUGGUAAACCUGGAUCAAGACCGUGCUCACUUCUCUCGUGUUCGCCAAAUCGCACUGAUGCCGCCUACAAAUCUGGGGCAAAAUAAGGGGUGAAAAUUUAUACUCCUUCGCUCGUAACAUAUUACACUCAAUGAUCCGGAAAAAGCGACGCACGGCCAGCAUCAGUGGCCGCCGGCAUGAAUGGAUCAAUCAUCCAGGUUGCAAGUGUCGAAGGACGACUGGCGAGGUUCAGCGCCGGUGCGUCCUCUCGAAGCGGCGCCGCCUCUCGAGCGACCUUGAACUCGGCGCCGGCGACGGGCCGUGGUGGUCGUCCGUGGCGGACGGGUGGAGUCUUUUCAAGGCCUUCUGCGACAACACGGCGCUGCACGGCCUCCGUUACAUCACCGCCGAGGGCAUGCCAAUUGUCCACAGGCUGAUGUGGGUGGCGACGUGCUUCGCGGGCCUGCUCGGCGCCGGCUGGCUCAUCUGGUCCAUUUGGCUGCGCUACGCCACCAGCCCCACCGUCACCAUGGUCCAGGACACCUCCUACCCACUCUACCACAUCCCCUUCCCGGCCGUCACCGUGUGCAGCGUCAACAAAGUGCUCAGGUCCGAGGCCGUCAAGUUCGUCGAAGAGUAUACGGGGAAAAACAGCAGCAGUGAAGAGGCUGCUCGGUAUCUGGCGGUGGUUGGCGCCCUCGGAUUGAUGAGCUACCCCACCUACCACAGACCAUUCCAGUUUUUUCAGUACAACAUGAGCGGUAGGCCUCUUUUAAGCGACGUGAACGUGACAGAGCUGAUGCUCAGGGUGAUGCCCAGUUGCACGGACAUCUUCGUCGCAUGCUUUUGGAAGGGCAUGGAAAUCGAUUGCUGUGAGCGAUUUCUCGUACAAAGGACUGAGGAGGGCUUCUGCUACUCUUUCAACUCGAGAACGGCGGAAACGCGCUGGAACGAAUCGUUGCUUCGUAAUAACGCAGCUGGGGCAACAACAGGACUUGAAGUGUUCUUCAAAGGUCAAGCAGGACAGGCGAUCGACGGCUUAGAUAUCCUGCGCGGCAUCAAUGUGCACAUCCAUCAUCCCGACUCAUACCCUGACGUGGCGAAAGGUCUGUUUGUGCCGGAGGCGCCGAGCCACGUGAUGAUGGCACAGGUAAUGCAGGUGUCUCCAUCGCAGACGGUGAGCACAGAGGAGGUGCGUGCCAUCGACCUGUCGAUGCGCCGCUGCUACUUCCCUGGCGAGGGCCACAUUUACGGCCUGCCGGUGGACACGUACCAACAGGACAGCUGCUUCAUGGCCUGUAGAAUGCACUUCCUGGCCAAGGCUUGCAACUGCACACCCUACUUUUUCCCCAGGACAAUAGGAAUGCGAGAAUGCGCUGCCGUUGAUCUUGAGUGUCUCAGCAUGAACAAUGCGGCAACAAGGAGUAACAAGCCUCCAAACGGCACGCCAGGCUUCCACCCUGAGGAGUCGGCCCUUGAUUGCGAGUGCAUGCCCCCAUGCACGGCAACACAGUACAGUGUUGAGAGCAAUUACAUUCAAACGGGUAACCUCGAGUCGAAGAGAGGAAAGGGCUACGUGGACGUGUUCUUCAAACAAAUGGGAGGUGUCAGAUACAGAAAUGACGUCAUGUUCGGAUGGAUGGACCUUUUAGUUUCGUUUGGUGGCAUCGCUGGCCUUUUUCUUGGCUUCAGCCUGCUGAGUGGCGCCGAACUGCUUUAUUGGAUUUUCGCUGGCUUUGCAGUCUGUGUAAAGCUGAAGCGAGAGAGGCGAAAGGGAGUGCGUGCCCUGCUGAUGCCACGCUGCAGCUGGCUCUUCAACAUGACGAAAAGGCGGAGUCUGGCGCGUUCCCCGCAGCCCCCGCAGAAACGAUCGUCAAGUACGAGCACCCGGGAUGACUUUAUUGCCAUCAACAGCGGCGAACAGAACUCAUACUUUUGAUUUUGUAAAGAGGUCUGUCUAUUUUUCCAAACGUCAUGUAAUAUCAAAUAUCAAAAGCUACUGGGAUGAAAAUUUUUAGGAAGUUGCACGCCUUAAAACAUGUUUAAAUUAUAUCAAUAAAUACUAGGCAUAAAUGAAUUAAAUUUGUGUUCAUCAAGUUCCUCUGUGGUCUGUGGGGUGUUCUGUGAAAAAGCUAAAGCGAAUCCGUCCUGCCAGGUGUGGGCAAUAAAUACUCUGAUUCGUGAGUGUAUAUGUAUGAAGAAGAGAAAUGUGUAAAAUGAAGUUGUUGCCACUAAUAAUAAUUAAAUAAUGUGGCAUUUUUUGAUGUUUCGAAAUUAAAAUUUUUUGCUGUUGGAAAAUCUCCGCAAAAAUUAGAAUCAAUA